CCAGUCAGUCACGUGUUCCAGUCUGUAUAGCUGGGUAGUAUCAGGAAGUGGUUCUAUCCGAUAGCAAAGCUGUAAGGGUGUGUGCCAGUUUACAAGUCUUCGUUUCUUUAAAAUAUAUAUAAAAGCUGGGGUGUAGCAAGUCCAAAAUUGGGGUCGUGUUUUUGACCCAAAGGUUACAAGAGAAAAAUACUUCAGAAUCCAAUUCAAGGAAAGGACAGUCCGAUGAAGAAACUGAAGAAGUUGCUGAAACAGAUAAGAUGGCAUCAAAUUCAGAUAGACAACUAUCUGUUUCACAAAAUGUUCUUAAAUCAGAAAUUCAACCAGGUAGAAAUAAGGUAGCAUUAAAACCAGGACGGUCUUUAUUAGACUGGAUUCGUUUAACAUCAUCAAAUAAGGAUUUAACAGGAGUUGGUGGUAAAUUUCUUAAUGUAACCCCAGAAGAAUUGGCUAAGCACAAUAAAAAAGAUGAUGCUUGGAUAAGUUUGAAAGGUAAGGUAUAUAAUAUUACACCAUAUAUGGAAUACCAUCCAGGUGGAGUGGAAGAAUUAAUGAAAGGAGUUGGUAAAGAUGCAACUGAUCUGUUUAAUGAGGUUCAUAGGUGGGUAAAUGCUGAGUCUAUGUUACAAAAAUGUCUUGUUGGUAAAUUAAAGGUGCCACUUUUAUAUUUCCAGAAAGGUGUUUUUGGUAUAGGUAAAGAUUUAGUGCCAACUGCAAAUACAGCAAAGAAAAAAAAUGAUUUGAAUGAGAAAGAUCAAAAAUUAAAUCUAUCAUAUAAAGCAAUACCAACUUACGAAUGGUUUCAAAGCGAUAAAACAAUUAGCCUUGUAAUACAUACAAGACAGAAAGAUAUUACGCAAGAAAAUGUUAUAGUUGACUUGAAUGACAGGAAAUUGUCUGUAACGAUUCGGUCUAAAACACACACAUAUCAAUUGCACAUUGAUUUAGAAGCUAAAAUUCAAGAAAAUUUUGAAGUAAAAACUGCAGAAAACAGUGAUAUUGUUGAACUAUUACUUUUUAAAGUGGAAAAAAAUCGAAAUUGGAAAGACUUGGGUAAAUUUUUACAAGGACACAAUACAUACCUUCCAACUAAAGAAAAAGAAGUUUAUUAUCGUCCAUGCACUUUAUCAUCAAAAAAAUCCAUUACCCAUAAUACUUAUUUAUUCACCUUCAAUUUGCCUACUGCAUCACAAAUGUUGGUCCCUAUUGGCUAUCAUGUUCAUAUAAGUACAGUACUAAAUGGUGUUGAGCUCAUCAGAAGUUAUACUCCGGUUCUUCCUAAUCUUAACAUUCCAAAUGAUCACCCAGGCUUAACCAAAGGAAAUGAAUUGUAUUUAAUAAUAAAAAUUUAUCCUGAUGGAGCAAUGACUACAUUUUUAGAUCAGAUAGAAGUAGGUGGUACUGUUAAUAUUAGCAGUUAUGAUGGAGAUUUCGAUAAAGGAAAAUUACUCAAAAGUACAAAACUUGUGCUUCUGGCAGCAGGGACUGGAUUUACUCCAAUGGUUAAAUUAAUACAGUUCAGCUUGAAUGAUAAAAAUACAGAAAGGACUGUUCUACUAGUAUUUUUUAAUAGAGAGGAGAAGGAUAUAUUUUGGCAUGAGGAAUUAAAUGCGUUGGAAAAAUCUAACAAAAGAUUUCAAGUUAAGUAUGUUUUAUCUGAACCUCACGAGAAAUGGAUAGGUCUGACCGGACAUGUGCAAAAAUCACUUUUAGAAAGUUUACUUCCCCAAAAUGAAAAAGAUAUUUUGAUAUGCAUAUGUGGUCCUACUAUUUUUACCAAAAAAUGUUUACAAUAUUUAGAAGAAAUGAAAUACAGUUCAGAAUAUAUUCAUGCCUUUUUGGGAUAAAGUGAACUGCCAGCUUUGAAAAAUCAUGGAGUCGGUGAGAAAUUUGUAAUUGGUGGAUCGUAAAUAUUAUUUAUUUAUUUUUCUCGGAUCCACGUAUACCCGUCCUAAAACUAGAAAACAUUAUGUACAGUUGUGGAUUGUAUAAAUGCGCUGCCUGUUGUAAUAAAGUAAUUCAUUCCCUAUA